AUGCCGGGUUCGUGUGAAAGUUUUCGGUGCGAAAAUCUCAGGCAGCCGUUUCACCAUAACUUCACCUCAAGCUUCUCUGUUUCAAUGCAGGAGCAGGCGAGGAGCAGCCAACAAGGCCCGAACCUUCAAGUCUCGCGCUUUCGAUUGUCUUGCGCCCCAAGGAGAACCGGCAACCGGAAGAUCACGUUGACGCCGCUCACAGACCCGGACGCCUUUACACGAGGCCUUGGAAAUUCUCUGCCAUGCCGCUGCUUCAGCUUUAGCCGCCCUUUCCUUGGCAGCUUUCUGUGCUCUUGUGGAGCCGCAGUCGGCUGCCCAAAGAAGGAAUCUUUCGAGCGUGGCUGGGCAUGCCAUGCAAGCCAUUGUUGGCUCGAGCUCAAGCUCAUUUUCUUGUAG